CUGCGGAUUAUAAAUACCGCGGGCGGUGGCAAACUGCCAGAGGCGUGCAGAUCCCAGGCAGAGCAUCGCCGGCAGGGACAUGGGCAAGGCGCGGACUAUCCUUCUUUUGGCAGCAGUGGCAGCCAUGGCGGGUGCUGCGACGGCGCAGUUGGCGUGGUGGCAGUCCGGCGUCGUCUACCAGAUCUACCCCAAGUCCUUCAAGGACAGCGACGGCGACGGAGUCGGCGAUAUCAACGGUGUGAUUGAGAAGCUGGACUACCUUAAGAGCCUGGGUAUAGCGGCGAUAUGGCUGUCACCCAUUUUCAAAUCUCCGAUGGCUGAUAAUGGAUACGACAUUUCGGACUUCCGAGACAUCGACCCGACGUUCGGCACCAUGGCGGACUUCGAAGCGCUUCUGGAAGCUGCCCACGAGAGAGGUAUCAAGGUGGUCCUGGACUUCGUUCCCAACCACUCCAGCGACGAGCACGAGUGGUUCAUAGCUUCUAGUGAUCCAACACACGAGAACUACGAGAAGUACAAGGACUACUACGUGUGGGUAGACGCCAAGGAAGACGGAUCAGUGCCCAACAACUGGCCCAACCAGUUCGACCAGCAGACGGCGUGGGAGUGGAACGACGCCCGCCAGCAGUACUACCUGCACCAGUUCCACAUCAAGCAGCCCGACCUCAACUACAGGAACCCUGAGGUCCUCGCCGAAAUGGAGGACGUGCUGAGGUUCUGGCUGGACAAGGGCGUGGACGGCUAUCGCAUGGACGCGGUGCCGCAUAUGGUGGAGAAGGCCGGCUUCCCAGACGAGAUCCCGGGCGACCCUGGCCAGCCGUACAAACAUCAGCCGGAGACCUACGUCAUCAUACAAGAGUUCCGCUCCGUCGUCGACGAGUAUGAUGACAGGACGAUGAUGACCGAGGCCUACGGCACAGUGGACCAGAUUAUGGGCUACUACGGUAACGCGACCAAUCCGGGGGCUGACUUCUCCUUCAACUUCGUGCUCAUCACCGACCUCAACGCCGAAUCCACUGCCGAGGACUUUGUCGAAAUCAUCGGUAACUGGAUCGAUGUUGUCAACCAACGUGGAGUGUGGUCCAAUUGGGUGAUCGGCAACCACGACCAGCAUCGCGUGGCCAGCCGCUACAGCCCAGAGCUGGUGGACGGCAUGAACAUGCUGGUGACGCUGCUGCCGGGAACCGCCGUCACCUACAACGGGGAAGAGAUCGGCAUGGAGGACAACUACAACAUGACGUGCGAGGUGGCGCACGACCCUCAAGGCUGCUUGGACGGCGUCACUCUCGGGAACUCCAGAGACCCAGAGAGGACGCCCUUCCAGUGGGACGACACCAAGAACGCCGGCUUCAGCACCGGAGACUCGACCUGGCUGCCAGUGAACGAGAACUACGUCACGCUGAACGCCGCGGCCCAGGAGCAGGCCGAUAGGAGCCACCUCAAGACCUACCGCCAGCUGGUGGCGCUGAGGCAGGAAUCAGCUGUGCAGACUGGCGCCAGCGCAGUCAAGAGUUCCGGCACCGUCUUUGCGUUCUCCAGGACUGCGACUGACGGCACCGAAGUGGCUGUGGCUGUGAACCUGAGCACCGAACCAGCCAGCGUGGACCUCGUCAGCGUGCUCGGCCUGUCCAGCAGCUCUUUCGUCGUCAGCGCCUCCAGUAUAUCCAGCCCACUGCUGCAGGGCUCGGCGGUGGACGCGUCUUCGCUGACGCUCUCUGGCCACGAGUCUGUCACCAUCAUCACGGCGCCGGCCAAGAUCCGGAGGAAACUGGCGAUGUCCGUGGCAGAGGCGGCAGGAGCCGUAUCUUCUCUGACGCCGAUGGAAGUGGCCACCUCUUCGCCAUUGUAUGUGGCAUCUUCUGGAGCGUUGGUUGUGCGACCCCCCGUCUGGCGCCGGCCGCCGCAGCGUUGGGGGCGUGCACCAGACAUCACGGGUAGCGCAGCAGAGGAGGGGCCCGGUUCCGGGUCCGACGAAUUCUGCACAGGUGGAGUGGCGCAGUGUAGUAGUGGAUGUCGUGCCCCCGCGUCUUCAAAAACAUCGCGGGUGUGGGAGUCUUCAUUGCGGCGACGUGCCUGUGGCCCUGCAUGCUCGGCGUCAUCGCUGUUGGACUGCCGUCGUCCAGCUAUUGAGAAGCUGUUGCAGCUGCCGGAAGGUCCCUUCGUAUUUCAGAACGAUCGGCGGAAGUGGCGCAUCCCUCCUUGGCGCCGUGAAAGGGCGCGGUGGUUCCUCUGGGGCAUCCUCAAGGGCAAAAAAAGUGUUGGCAGUGGAUUCCGGCUCGUGGGUGGACAGCACCCGUCGGCACGCUUUUUAAGAGUCAGUGACAUGCUUAGGGUUCAGGCACUUCUGCUGUUUGCGGCAGUGGCCGCUAUGGUGGGCGCCACAGCGGGACAGCUGGCGUGGUGGCAGUCCGGCGUCAUCUACCAGAUCUACCCACGGUCCUUCAAGGACAGCGAUGGUGAUGGCGUGGGCGACCUCAACGGUGUGAUUGAGAAGCUCGAUUACCUUCAGAGUCUAGGAGUAGCAGCGAUAUGGCUCUCACCCAUCUACAAAUCCCCGAUGGCGGACUAUGGAUACGACAUAUCAGACUACAGGGAAAUCGACCCUCUGUUCGGCACUAUGGAGGACUUCGAGGCCCUUCUGGAAGGUGCCCAUCAAAGAGAUAUAAAGGUGAUCCUGGACUUCGUUCCCAACCACUCCAGCGACGAGCACGAGUGGUUCAUAGCUUCCAGCGACCCAACACAUGAGAACUACGAGAAGUACAAGGACUACUACGUCUGGGUGGACGCCAAAGAAGACGGAUCAGUGCCCAACAACUGGCCCACUCAAUUCGACCAGCAGACGGCGUGGGAGUGGAACGAGGCUCGCCAGCAGUACUACCUGCACCAGUUCCACAUCAAGCAGCCCGACCUCAACUACAGGAACCCUGAGGUCCUCGCCGAAAUGCAGGACAACCUACGGUUCUGGCUGGACAAGGGCGUGGAUGGCUACCGCAUGGACGCGGUGACGUUCUUGGUCGAGGCGGAGGGCUUUCCAGAUGGGGUCCCGGGCGACAUAGAGCAGCCGUACAUGCACCAGCCUGAGUCCUACGUCAUCGUACAAGAGUUUCGCGCCGUCGUCGAUGAGUAUGACAACAGGACGAUGAUAACCGAGUCCUACGGCACAGUGGACCAGAUUCUGGGCUACUACGGCAACGAGACCAAUCCUGGGGCUGACUUCUCCUUCAACUUCCUGCUGAUCACCGAUGUCAACGCCAGCUCCACUGCUGCGGACUUCGCUGAAGUCAUCAGCAACUGGAUCGACAUUGUCGACGAGCGGGGAGUGUGGUCCAACUGGGUGAUCGGCAACCACGACCAGCACCGCGUGGCCAGCCGCUUCAGCCCAGACCUGGUGGACGGCAUGAACAUGCUGGUGACACUGCUGCCGGGAACCGCCGUCACCUACAACGGAGAGGAAAUCGGCAUGGAGGACAACUACAACAUGACAUGUGAAAUUGCUACAGACCCUGCAGGGUGCUGGGACGGUGUCACACUCGGCAAUUCCAGAGACCCUGAGAGGACGCCCUUCCAAUGGGACAACAGCACGAAUGCGGGCUUUAGCACAGCUAACGAGACCUGGCUACCAGUGAACGAGAACUACGUCACCCUCAACGCUGAAGCUCAGGAGGAAGCUGGUAGGAGCCACCUCAAGACCUACCGCCAGCUGGUGGCGCUCAGAGACGAACCAGCUGUGCAGACUGGAGUGACGGCCGUCAACAGUUCCGCCCAAGUCAUCGCUUUCUCCAGGACUGCAGAUGACGGCACCGAGGUGGUGGUCGCCGUGAACGUGGGCGACCGGCCGGACGUGGUGGACCUCUACGAAAUGCUCGGCCUGUCUCAGAGGUCCUUUGUCAUCAGCGCCGCCAGCGUAUCCAGCAUUCGACAGCCGGGUGGGCCAGCGGAUCCCGGUUUGUUGGUGUUCUCUCCUCACGAAUCCGUCACACUCAUUUCGAUGCCAGUGGAGCUCGAAGAGUACUAAGCGAGCUGUAGCGACGUGUCACUGUCUCGACGUAAUGCCGACUACUCACUAGCUACCGCCUACCUGAUACAAAUACAGUUCUCGAGAAUUUAUUUUGUGAUGUGCAUGUGUGUCAUGACGUUAACAGCUAUCGUUUGACAAAUAAAUAAGUACGCUUU